CAUGAAUACCUCCUCUUUGUUUCUUCAAAUAUUCCUCUCUCUAACUCUCCUAACGGGUCUAGCUAAACCCGACCCGGACCCACUCCAAGACUACUGCAUUGCAGACACAAAAUCCCCUCUAUACCUCAAUGGUGCACCCUGUCUCAACCCAAUCCUAGCUUUGUCCUCUCACUUCACCACCUCAGCUCUAGCCAAACCGGGCGACACCAAGGCGAACGUGUUCGGAUUCAGUGUCACCCUCACCACCCUUGCUAAUUUGCCCGGGAUCAACACAAUGGGCAUAACCAUGGCUCGCGUCGACAUAGCCGGUAACGGACUCGUUCCGCCGCAUUCGCACCCUCGGGCCUCGGAGGUCACCAUUUGUCUCCAGGGUGUUAUUCUAGUGGGCUUUGUGGAUACCUCUAAUCAUCUCUUCACUCAGAGGCUUGAGCCCGGUGACUCGUUCGUUUUCCCCAAAGGACUGAUCCAUUUUCUUUACAACACGGACUUGAGGAAACCGGCUUUGGCUAUUUCGGGCCUGAGUAGCCAAAACCCGGGCGCACAAAUAGCUUCAAGGGCCGCUUUCGCGUCGAGUCCGCCCAUUCCUGAUGUGGUAUUGGAAAAGGCGUUUCAAAUCAGUCCACAGGAUGUUGCCAAGAUUCGUAAAAACCUUGGCGGUUGAUUUAUGUUUGCCUGCCUCAAUAUUCAUUUCUUUCUGGUCAUGUAGGAAAACGGGUAGUUGAAGUCUUCACUCCCAUAAAAAUAGACCCAUCAACGGUCGUCUA